GAGGUAGACGGGUUUUCCUCAAGUAACCCAUGCAUUAUACUUUUGAAUGAGGCUCGUAACAUGAUCACAGUUUUGAAAUACUUCUAUUUCAGUUAACCAUUAUGUGGCAAUUUGUCUUGACAAUUUCAUGUCUUCUAUAGAAGUUCAGACCAGGGGCUUGAAGCUAUCACUCGAAGGUGAAAAACAAGGACAUUACUUUUGGGAACUAACUGCUUCUUUCCACACACUCCUUCAUGUAGCAGUUUCUGCAGCGACCGACGGAUCGUUACUCUGCCGCCAUGCGUGCCUCGGAGAAGCCGGCCGACACCCCACGAUUUGUCUGCUCGGUGCUGGAGCGCAUAGGCGCUCAUGGCAUCCCCAACAUCGGGCGGGCGGGCACGCGGCAGCGGCGGCUAGCAUGGACCGGUCUUGUCUUGGCCGGCCUGGGCUUCCUCGUCUGGCAGGGUACGCUGCUCGUGACGAGGUACCUCCAGUAUGACGUGAAAGUCAGCGUGGGCCUGGGCUACGAGGCGCUGACCACGUUCCCGGCGGUGACGGUCUGUAACCUGAACCGAAUUCCCCGCACGGCCAUGCACACCAACAGCAAACUCGCCGAACUUGAGGGUUACAUCGAGUACAUACUCGAAACACAGGUCUACCAAGCAUGGAACGAUGAAAUGAGAUACACGAACCAGGUCGCUGACUUUGGCAUCACGACUGAGUCCUUUGACAUCAUGGCCGACAUUCCGUAUGCCAAUCGUUCCUCUGCCGGACAUCAACUGUCUCGGAUGUUGCUGUACUGCACGUUUAAUGGUUACCCUUGCUCACCGUUGAACUUCACCCAUUUCUACAACUAUUUUUAUGGCAACUGCUAUACGUUCAACUUUGACAGCAGGCUGGCACGCAGGGUAGCGCAGGCUGGUCCAUUCUAUGGGCUAACCAUGGAACUCUUCGUUGAGCAGACUGAGUAUGUACGUGGUCUGCAGAAUUCAGCGGGGCUGAAGGUCUUCAUCUCGGGGCAAAAUCAAGUCCCGUUCCCGGAGGACAGAGGUAUCAUCGUGAGCCCUGGUCGCGAGACGUCCAUCGCGUUGCAUAAAGUUCGGAUUGAUCGAUUGGGGGCGCCUUACACAAGUUGCACGAGCGAUUUGCCGACUAUAUUCAGUACCUUUUACGGUAAUGUGGAUUACAGCUUGUUGGCAUGUGAAAAAAGCUGUGUUGCCCAGGAAAUCCUCGAGAUGUGCCACUGCGCAGACCCUCGGUACAGGUUCACUGACGAAACUAGUUCAUGCAGCUCGCAAAAUCAGUCUCAAAUGGCCUGUACCCGCAAGAUACUUCUGGCGUACGUCAACAAUAGCCUUCGAUGCAACUGCCCACUGCCAUGCAGUGAGGUUGAGUUUGAAGAGACGGUAUCGGCUGCCUCAUGGCCUAAUGAAAACUACAAAUUUGCUCUGGAAAAUAUCAUCACACGUCUUUCUGCAGAUUUUUCCUCUGCCAUUGAAGAAGACGAUCGGUUUAUUGAGAAAAACGUGGUGAAACUGAACGUGUUUUUGUCCAGCUUACAGUACCAGUAUAUAUACCAAACGCCGGAUUACAGCCAAGAGAACUUGAUCAGCGACCUUGGGGGUCAGGUGGGCCUGUGGAUGGGAUUCUCCAUUCUGACAUUCUUUGAGAUCGCAGAGCUGGUCCUCGACCUGUUCGUCUACACGCGAGGCAAGUCCGCCAACAGGGUGUCACGAGAGGCGAAAGUCGGGGAGGGUCUCGUCGGGAUGUCCCUCUCACCCUCAGUCAACACGCUGACUCCAAUCGGCUGACUGAAGACGCGUUGCUCGCUAGAUGGAAAACAGCAGAAGUCAUUGUGUCCCGUCAAUCGAUGGUGUAUCCAUAGGGGGCGGGGCAAGUUGAGCCCUCGAGGGGACAUGCUUCCACAUAACAUACCAGUUUGCAAUGUAACCUACAUCUUAACAGAUCGAAAUCACGUGAUUAAAUUUUGAAUGUUUUGCCAGCAGUUUACAACUACAAUCUACCAAUAACUGUUUAUCAGUCGAAAGUCUCAGGAAUCAACAAGUUUAUUGUGUAGUCGCCACAUCGCUCAAAUGAUCAAGAAACAAAACGAAUUCGGACAGAACCAAAGAAACCAACAGAAAAAGAAAUUAAGGUAAAAGCCAAAGUCCUUGUUACUGUCCUUCGGAGUUUAUUAACUCAUACUCUGAAAUAAUUUGCAAAAUUACUACCAGCAAGUAUUUCCAUAGAGACUCCCUUUUUUAAAAAAAGCAUUUUGGUAUGAGAGAGUCUGGCUCGGAAAAUUAUACUUUAUUGCACUUUUUGAUUAUGAUUGCAAUUUCCCAAGGUACACAUCCUUUCAACCAGGAGAAUACAUUUAACGGCGGGGUGUUAAAUUUCGAGUGUAAAAACUAAUACCGAAUGAAUUGUUCGGGGAUUGUACAAACCUUGCAAUUUCUAAAUAGUAAUAACUUGCCUUGCAUUAUGUUGUGGUGCCGUUCUGAGGUCUAGGGAAGGGUCCAUUGCACUGUGUCUAUCCUUAGACAAAGUAUCUGAGUGCAGUGUUUAUUUUUAAAAAAUAGUGAUUUUAUCGGGUGCAAAAACCACUUGGCAGGAGGCAAUGUCGGCCUGGGCACCGCAGGGGUAGCCAACCCUUUACGCGUCGCACACCGAAUAUAGGCAUCCCAAUACGUCGUUUUUAACGUCGAUCUGCCCACUUCCGCGUUUGAGAACGAGGCUGUAAUGUGUCAACUUCAAUUCUUAAUACUAUCAGACGAUUGAAAUUAAGGAGUCAAGACCCAAAAUACAUAAAGGUACGUAAAAUUCAGACUUUUCAGGCUGCAAAUUAUUGUGGAAGAGUCUUUCAGGAAGACUUGACACGUAAAGCCAAAAGAACAAAUAACGGCAAUUUACUGCGCACUAACGUACCUGCGAUGGUCGUGUAUCUGUAUGUGCAGUAGGCGUGGUUUAAACUGAAGUAACAUCACACUUACGAACCGGAUACUGCAUGUACGGUGUCGACUCUGCGGACGCGUGCGACAAAGUUCAACCAUAGAACCUCGGUUUUAAUGCGGGUAUGCGCAGACGGCGCUAAUGUAAAAUCCCUCUAUAAGUUGUCGAAUUAUUUCAGUCCGACGGGAUUGUUAUCUACUUCAGAGUAACUAAUCGAGAGUAGCAAGACCGUGUGCCUCCCGCUUCACUAUAGCGGACCAUCUAUUUUGUUUGUUAUAAGGCAGGUGCUGUCGCCCUGUUGACCGUAAACUUUAGGCCCAAAGAUUUCUGAAUUUAACUCCGCCUCGGCCAAUAUGAUGACUUGCCAUAAGUAACUCAAGUGAACCACUCUCACACCGGUCAGCUAACUUUGUAGUGUUAAAGUACCUGUGCCUCCUGUUAAAAAAAAUAAACGAUUCGAAGAUUAUAUAAAAGCAACAUUUUACAUUUGCUGUUAGGUCUGCAUAUAAAUACAACUGGGCGCACAAACGUCGAGCACUUGCAAUUCGCAAUUUUAUUCACGAUGUUUUUCAAUGUAAUUGCUUUCUCUCAUAGAGACCAACUUGGCGACGCCAAUCGAGAUUGGAAAAUUCCAAUAUGAUUACAAAUUUGCAAUGCACAUUUCCUGACUACCAGCUCUUUAAAAAAAAAAAACGAACACUCGAUUUCAUGCAGACAAACUAAUUAAACGACCUUGUUUGAAUUCUGCAGGGAAAAUGUAGAAACCCUAAGCAUACAUGUAUCAACGUUGGCUACAAUUAUCGUACAGGCGCUGCCACUGGCGCCAGGGAACAUUUGAAGACCAUUUAAACUUUAUGAAGAAUAAUAUUCUCCAU